ACCGUGUUCUGACAACGAUCCUCAAAGAGCAUCAACGAUGGCCGCCGCACGCCGCCUCAUCAACCUCGUGAGCGACACGGUCACGCAGCCCUGCGCGCGCAUGCGCCAGGCGAUGGCCAAUGCGAUCGUCGGCGACGAUGUGCAUGGCACGGACCCGACGGUGCUCAAGCUCCAGGAAGCUGCCGCGGACCUCCUCGGCAAGCCACGUGCGCUCUUUGUGCCAUCCGGUACGAUGAGCAACCUCAUCGCUGUCGGCGCGCACUGCCAGCGUGGCGACGAAGUCAUCUUGGGCAAGAAGUCGCAUAUCUUUACGUACGAAGGCGCGGGCGUGAGCGCCUACUUGGGCGUCGGCAUGAACACGGUGCCGACGCAAGCGAAUGGCAACCUCUUGGCCGCAGACAUUGAGAGCGCGAUUCGAGACGACGACCCGCACUACCCACGGACGACGCUGGUCGCUGUCGAGAAUACCCACAACACGUGUGGCGGGCGCGUCGUUCCGACCGAGUCCAUCAAUGACAUUGCGGCCGUUUGCGCACGCCACAACCUCAAGAUGCACAUGGAUGGUGCGCGCCUCGCCAAUGCCAGCGUCGCGCUGCAGUCGCCGCUGCGGGACCUCGUGGCGUCGGUGGACUCAAUUUCGCUGUGUCUGAGCAAGGGGCUUGGUGCGCCUGUCGGAUCGAUCCUUGCCGGCGACGACGAGCUCAUGCACAAGGCGAUGCGGCUGCGCAAGUCGCUGGGCGGCGGCAUGCGCCAGUCGGGCGUCCUCGCGGCGGCGGGCUUGGUGGCCCUCGAGCACAACAUUGAGCGUCUUGCGGUGGACCAUGCGAACGCCAAGGUGCUCGCCCAAGGCCUCGCGACCAUUCCCGGCAUCGUCGUCGACGUCGCCAACGUCGAGACCAACAUGGUGUACUUUACAUUGGACGCGCACGCGCUUGCGAAUGACGUUUUCCUCGGCCGGAUGAAGGAGCUCGGCGUUCUCCUCGGCGGUGGCUAUGGCAAGGCGCACAACCAAAUUCGCGCCGUGACGCACCUGGACGUGACGGCCGACGACAUUCAUGCCGUGCUGCAGGCCGCCAACACCGUCCUUUCCACGCAAACCUAAGUCGCCUUUAUGGUGGCACCGUUGUGGAGGACCCUGAUGAGAGUCUUGGGUCUCUCUCCGCUGCGUGGGCGAGUAGCUCACCAUGAAUGCUCGACUAAGCGUUCAAGAGACUAUCGUUUAAGUCACUCGGAACGAGUAGACAUGAUUGUUUUAGUACAAAAAGUGUAGUUGAG